GAGACAGGGGGGAUCCUGAAAUCCAAAGAGAAGAAGGACCAUGCGAGGUGGCGAGGACGACCAGGAGCCCACACAUGGGGCCGGGACUGGACACAGAGGACCCCCUGCCCUGUAACCCCCGGUCAUGGUGGUGAACGUGGAGUCGGUGACCCUCCUGCUCUUCUCCCUCCUGGACAUCCCAUGGAUCCUGUGCCAGUCCAGCGCCCUGUGCCCGCACACCACCUUCUACCACGGCUGCUGGAUCAGACGCUUCCCCGGACUCUUCCUCGGCUUCUCCGGAUCGGAACAGCGAGGUGCCCGAGUGCUACAGCGACGUCUCACGCCCUCCGCUCAACUCUGCAGCCGCCAGUGCUGCCACCAAGAGUCGUGUAAUGUGGCCGUCUUCUAUUCGGAGGCCAGUGCUGAGAAUGGGGACUGUCACCUGGUGCACUGCCCGCAGCCCGAGAGCUGCCUCCUACAGCUACAAGAGCGCAGCGUCCUAUACACCAUCACAGCCGGUGUUGAUCCGGAUCUUCUGGUGUUUGAUAAACUGGGACACGUUGACCUGAACCCAAGGUCGUCCUUAAAAUGGGAGCGUCUGAACAUAUCCCGGGGGCCACCGGCUUCCUCGCCUCCCAUUUCCCCGACUACCUUACCCUCUAAGGAACCUCAUGUGCACCUACCCGUGCCCACCCAUCCACACGAUGAGCCAUCUCUUCAUCCACCAACCCAGCGUCUUCCUCCUCAGCCCCCGGCGGACCCUCCUCUUCACUCCUCACCACCUACUCAUUCUCCUCCGUUAACUUCUCGAGUUACUUCUAAGGUGACAUUGAUCUCCCCCCGAGGAGACGGAGAGGAACCCAACAAGGUGCCACCAUCUUCACCGCCCCUGGACCAACCAGACCUACAUAGUCCGGCCCACCUGGACAGCAGCAAGCAGCACAUGAACGAAACCAAGGGCCACAAUGGUAGGAACCAGACUUAUGAGGGCGACUCUGAAGACUCCUCGGACACUUUGGCCAAUUUCUGGCCGCUUCCCGCAUUGGUCGGGUCCGCAGUGACCUUCUUGUGCUGCUGUUCGGGUAUCCUGGCCUUUGGGUGCUGUCGGAGGAAACGACGAGGGCGGUAUAGGCCCUGGAGGGCACCGAGGACUGGCGGGGGGGCUCUCAUAACAUGCACUUUUGUCAAGGAGAAAAUAUAACCCUCACAGCCAUGGCCACCCCCUAGUGGUUGUUGUCGGUACUGCCACUCGAUCGUCACGGAACAGGAUGAGGUCCUGCUCUGUGGUUCAGGCUUUGGAGCGUAAAUGGAAUGGUUAAAGGGGCACUCCACCCCUAGACAUCUUAUCCUCUAUCCAACGAUCUCGGCUGCAGCACCCCAGACAUCGAACGAACUUCGCUCCGUGCCGGAUGACUGACGAUGCAAGGCGGAGGCUCGUGACGUUGCGGUAACGCCCCGCUCGUGACGUUACGGUCACGCCCCCUCAAUGC